GGUACGUCGGACGCGUUGCCAUGGUGACAGGAGCCAGCUCCGGCAUAGGGGCCGCCGUGGCGCGUGCGCUGCUGCAGCGAGGGGUCACCGUCGUGGGGGUCGACCUGCGACCCGACAGGAUGAAGGAAUGGCAACUGAAUGAUUUCACCGGGCAGUUGUAUCCAUUAUACGGAGAUGUCAGUGACGAGGAAAGCAUACUUUCUGUGUUCAAAUGGAUUACUGAUACCUUGGGAGGCGUCGACAUUCUCGUCAACUGCGCGGGAUUGUGUCGCAAUUGCAGCUUGAUCUCUGCUCCAACAUCGGACUGGAAACUGAUGCUAGAUGUGAACUUGCUGGGGCUAAGCAUCUGUACCAGGGAGGCCGUGCAGGACAUGUUCAAGAGAGGUGUCGACGACGGCUUCAUUGUGCACAUUUGUAGUAUCGCCGGUCACGUGCCAAUACACGACGCUGAGUACUCCAUGUACUAUGCCAGCAAGGUAGCUGUGAAAACGCUGCUUGAAGGACUAAGAAAGGACUUGGUUGCUAGGAAGAGCAAUAUACGAGUUGGAUUCUCGAUGAUUAGUGUGCUGCUAUGGGCUGCAGAUGUAACAGCCGUCGAUGCAGCCGCUGAGAUGCUGCGACCCCGCUUCCGCAACCGGCAGGACGCUGAGUCGAACACCGGAAACGUCGCUAGCUGCAACCACGCCCGGCACCGCCGUAGACAGGCGAAGCCCUCAGCAACACCUCUAAUACCAGCCGGAGGAACGCCCCGCAGCUGA